AUGGCCCUUGAAGAACAGGGCCGGCGUGUUAAUAAGAGAAACCGUAAUUUCACACAAAAUCAAAGGAAGUUACUUUUUGGUGCCAAAGUUGAGGUGAGGAAUGAGGAAGAAGGGUUUCAGGGGUCGUGGCACCCUGGGACUAUCACUGCAUGCACCAAAGGUUGUCGUGAAGUAAAAUACGAUCAUAUUCUAUGUGAUGAUGGGUCUGGUAAUCUUGUGGAUGCUGUUUGUGUUUCACCCAUUUUGGAUGGCCUUGAUUCUGUGACUGAUGAGCAGAGUAACCAUCGUGGAAGUAUAAGGCCAAAGCCGCCUAAGAUUGAGGUAGGGAUAUGGGACCUUCCCUAUGGACUCUGUGUGGAUGUGUAUCAUCGGGAUGCUUGGUGGGAAGGAGUGGUUUUUGAUCACGAAGAUGGUUCAGAAAAGAGGAGGAUAUUCUUUCCGGAUUUGGGAGAUGAACUAACAACUGGAAUUGACACUAUAAGACUUACUCAAGACUGGGAUGCGGUUACAGAGAAUUGGCGGAGACGUGGGACUUGGAUAUUUCUCGAGUUGAUUGAACAAUAUGAGCAACAGAGUUACAUUGUUGUCUCUGUAAAGCAAGUUUGGUAUGAUGUUCGAUUAAAAGAGGGCUUUCAGAAGGUGAGGGAGUGGACUUCUCCAAUGAGAUAUCAAUGGGAGGAGCUGGUGUUAGAGGUAAUUGAUGAUAACUUGAGCAUCACUGCGGAUGAAAUUUGUCAGCGGUUAGAAGUGUCAGGAUGCUUGUCAAGAGAAUCUCAGGUAGAGUUUGAGUCAACUCAGUGUGUGUUGGAUGCUAAUGUGAAUCUUAAAUCAUAUAUCGCAGACUCUCUUGCUAUUGUACCUGUUGGCAAUCCAUUGGAUAGUAAUUUGUCAGUUGAUCGUGAUGCUUUUAUGAAGAAUGUGUUGGACUGUAGGGCUGGGGUUACUGAUGAACAAAGUGAAGGUUUGUCUAUCGUUCCAGACUCUACCUGUGUGCAAUACAUACAAGAUAAAUCUAACGUGGUUCAAUUGAUUUCAGUCAAACAGGAUGAACUACCAAAGAUGAACGUUUUGGAGAACUCAAACUUAUCCUUGCAAAAUAAAGGGGUGUUUGUGCUACAUCAGGUUUUGUCUGGAGUACCUUCAUAUCUAGAAGAACAUUCUUCUGCCAAAUCUGAUAUUAGCAGUGAUGGAAUUUGUGUUUCUAAAUCCAAAGGCAGAAGACCAGCAAAGUGGCUACCUGCAGAACUUCCUAAAGAGUCUUGCCCUGGUGCUGUUGAUGAGUAUGUAAACUUGCGUAAGGGACAAAGAGCUAUUAGGAAGCAUCUUUUAUAUUUGGGUUGGAAAGUAGAAUAUAUGAUAGAUAAGGGCAGAUAUAGAUUCCGGUACUUGCCGCCCAAUGGACAACCCGAAUACUCUCUUGUUAAAGUGUGCAGUAACUUGAGAAAGUCCUCGAAUGAUUCACAAUUUGCAAUCUCUCAAGAUGCACCUCAGGAUGGUUCACAUGGACAGCCUCUUGUCACUGAACAACCACAAGAGAUUCAGCAUCCUCGUUAUUGUCCAAAACAUGUAGUGUCUCCCUUUCCCAAUUCCAAGUUACAGCCCAAGGUAUUCAUUUACAAACCAGAAUAUUGCCCUCAAGCAGUUGUCGCAUAUGUAGACUCUCCCACAAGGGGACCCAGAAGUGAGAGAGCAAAAGCACUGCGGUCUAAAGCAAAGAAGCACCUCUCUGCUGUGGGGUGGGAGUUCUACUACUCAGAAGUAAGAUCAUUAAAUAACCUGCGCUUCAAAUCACCCAAAGGAAAUGUAUAUAACUCACUUCUGAAUGCCUGCAAAGCCUGUAUGGAUGAAGAAAAUUCUGAAGAAAGACCUGCCAAAUGUAGAUAUGUCAUCGAGGAAGAUGCAGGCCACUUGACUAAAAAUAAAAUAUUUUCUGCAGCAAAUAGAAAACGCAAAAGGAAGAGAAUUCGUAGCUACAGUACACCUCACUUACUUCACGGACGCCUAAAGGAUCAAUGUGCUAACCCUUCAAAGUUGAAAAGGCGAAAGGCAUCUGCAUCUUCCUCUGGGUUUAAAAAUGGUUCUGGUGGUAGUCAGCCAACUCGUGUGCUCAGGUCAAGCAAACGAGUUCAGGAAGUGGUUACUCCUAAUUCCACACACCAGAAUCCGCGAACUGUCUUAUCCUGGUUGAUAGACAAUAAUGUAGUUUUGCCAAGGGAAAAAGUACAUUAUUGUAGCAGAAAGGGUGGCCCUUCAAUGGCAGAAGGGAAAAUAAGUAGAGAGGGGAUCAAGUGCAGCUGUUGCCAAAAGGUGUUUUCUCUUAGCUGCUUUGAGAGUCAUGCUGCUGGCUUCAAUGAUACUCAUGCUGGCUGUAGUGACCACAAACCUGCUUCCAAUAUAUUUCUGGAUGAUGGUAGGUCUCUUCUAGAUUGCCAGAUGCAAAUUAUGCAUGAAAGAAGGAAGCGGACUUGUAGAACAGAAACAUGCCUUAGGAUAAAGGGAAAUCGAGAUCGAGGCAAGAAUGAUAACAUUUGCACUGUGUGUCACUAUGGCGGUGAUUUAAUCUUAUGUGACGAAUGUCCAUCAUCAUUUCACAAGAGUUGCCUUGGAUUGAAGUAUGUUCCAAAAGGUGAGUGGUUCUGUCCAUCUUGCCGUUGUGGAGUAUGUGGCCAAAGAAAAGAAGACAAAGAACCUAUUACUCAUCCUGAUAUUCUCACCUGUGGUCAGUGCGAGCACAAAUAUCACACUGGGUGCUUGAGAAAAGGAGGUGUUGAUAUGUCGGAAAGUGAUUCCAAAGGAAAUUGGUUUUGCAGCAAGAAUUGUAAAAAGAUAUCUUUGGGCCUCCACAAGCUUUUGGGGAAACAAUUUCCUGUCGGUGUUGGGAAAUUAACUUGGUCACUUCUGAAGUCCAUGAAAAGCGAAACUGAUAAUGAUGCCAUUACGGAGAGUUUUAGCAGGCUUAGUAUUGCCCUUGAUGUAAUGCAUGAGUGUUUUGAGCCUGUUAAGGAACCCCUUACCAGGAGAGAUCUUGCAGAAGAUAUCAUUUUCAGUAGAGGGUCAAAUCUCAAUCGCUUGAAUUUUCAAGGGUUCUAUACCUUGCUAUUGGAGAGAAAUGAUGAGCUAAUCACUGCAGCUACUGUAAGGAUUCAUGGAGAGAAGGUGGCCGAAGUACCUCUUGUUGCUACCAGGUUUCAAUAUCGUCGACAAGGAAUGUGUCGUGUGUUGAUAAAUUUACUUGAAAAGAUGCUUAUGGAUUUAGGUGUGGAGAGGUUGGUUUUGCCUGCUGUCCCCAGUGUGUUAAACACAUGGACUACUGCAUUUGGGUUUUCAAGAAUGACAAAACCUGAGAGGCUGCAAUUUCUGGAUCAUACGUUCCUGGACUUUCAAGAUACAUUAAUGUGUCAAAAACUUCUAAUGAAGAUCUCUGCAGCUGAACCAAGCCUGUUAAUAGGAACACAGCCUCAGAUGUCUAGAAGUGCUGAUAUUGUUGAUCUUGAUGAGUCCAGUGUUGCUUCUGAAGUGUGUCAACCAGAACGAACAGAGGACAGCCAAGCCGUAUCCUGGGGACUUGAGUAUGUCUCACUUCUUCCUACUAUAAAUUUAGAAGAUGGAAAUGAACACAAGAACCCUCAUGAAAUGAACACAAAAUUCACUAGUACUGUAGUAGAGUAG